AUGGGUUCCGCAGUGGAUGAAGAGCAAAAGGUCACUGAACCUCAGCCGCUUGUCCCUGGCGGAGAUGCAGACCGCGAUUCCGCCGCCCAGUCGGACGGGGACUCCGGAGAAAGCUUAAGUGGUUUUCGUCUGAUAUCCUGUCUUUCUGCGCUUCUCAUGUGCAACUUCGUCGUCUCUCUGGACAUGACGAUUCUGGCAACAGCCAUCCCACGCAUCGUUGAAGAGUUCAGCAGCCUCGAAGACAUCGGCUGGUAUGGAUCAUCCUUCUUCCUCACCAUCUCGGCCUUUUCCCAGUUCUGGGGCAAGGCCUACACCUACUUUUCCCUCAAGUGGGUAUUGAUGACAGCCAUCGUCAUUUUCGAAGUUGGCAGUCUCAUCUGUGGUGUUGCGAAGAACAGUCCGACCCUCAUCAUCGGACGUGCAAUCACGGGAGCAGGCGGUGCCGGAAUCAGCAACGGUUGCUACACCAUCAUCGGCGUCGUGGCCAAGCCCGAGAAGCGCCCCGCUUACACCGGCAUCUUGGCGGCCAUGUACGGGUUCGCCGCCGUCAUAGGGCCGCUGAUCGGAGGCGCCUUCACCACGAACACUCUGGCUGACCUUUUGGGCCCGCGAGCGGGCGUCCCCAGCUUCUACCUCAACCUGCCCAUCGGCGGCAUCGCAGCCUUCAUUCUCCUCUUCGUCGCUCGCCUCCCAUCCUCCAAGAUGGUCAAGACAACGACAAAGGAGGCGCUGCUCAACAUGGACCUCGUCGGCGCAGGACUCAUCAUGGCGGCUUUCGUGUGCUACCUGCUGCCGCUCCAGCAAGGAGGCACUACCAAGUCCUGGAGGUCGCCAACCGUGAUAGGACUGCUCGUGGGAUUCGUCCUGCUCCUGGCCCUCUUCACCGUCCAUCAGCUGUGGCUGGGCGAGAGGGCCAUGAUGGUACCCCGACUGAUGAAGCAGCGACGCAUCAUAUCGCUCGCCUUGUUCAACCUGUUCAUGGCCGGCUCUUUCUUCACCUUUGUCUACUAUCUCCCAAUCUACUUCCAAGUCAUCGGUCACUACUCGGCACUCGGCAGCGCAGUACAGAAUCUGCCCCUAAUUCUCGGGUCGACCGUCUUCGGCAUCGUGGCCGGAGUCCUCAUGGUCCCGGUCGGCCGCUUCCACAUCUUCCUGAUUUCCGGGGCUGCCCUGGUCGCCGUUGGCGGAGGGCUCACUUGCACCCUGCAGGUGGGCUUGGACACGGGGAAACACGUCGGGUACCAACUGCUCGUCGGCGUGGGUGCCGGGCUGUGUCUCCAGGUACCGGUGAUGGUUGGCCAAGCGUUUUCGCUGCCAGCGGACGUCGCCAGCACGACGGCCAUUCUUUUGUUUUUCCAAACGAUGGGUGGCACGAUUGUGAUUUCCGCCGCCCAAAGCAUCUUCACCAACGGGCUCGUCAACGCUCUGAACGCGGCCGGCUUCCACAACACUUCGUUGGUCCUCUCGAGCGACACGGCCCACCUCAGCAGCGUCCUCACCGCGGACGAGAUGGCUGUGGUGUUGCCGGCUUACCUGACGGGUCUCCGGAAUGCGUGGGCCAUGGCUACGGCCUGCGGCGGGGCAGCUCUGCUUUCAAGUGCCAUCGCCAAGUUUGAGAACAUCAAGAACGUGACGCCGCAGCAGAAAGACGCCGUCGCCGAGACCAAGGAGGGCAACAAGCAUUCCGGAUCGUCAACCCCUGACGAGAGUUUCGGUGAGAAAGGAACAAGCGACUGA